CCUUGAGUUGUUCUUGUAACCAAAAUGGCUCAAAAUUUUUGAAGAAGAAAAGAUGGUCACAGUGCUAAGCAUUGACGGAGGUGGAAUCAGAGGCAUUAUUCCGGGUACGCUUCUUGGUUGUCUCGAGUCCCAGCCCCAGGAAUUGGACGGACCAAAUGCACGAAUUGCGGACUAUUUUGACGUCAUUGCAGGAACAAGCCUUGGAGGGAUGCUAGCCACCAUGCUUACAGCUCCCAACAAGGAUAACAGAUCCAUGUACGAGGCAAAGGAGAUUAUUGGCUUCUACUUAAAGCGCUGUCCCAAGAUUUUCCCUCAGAAAGGGAGCAAGUAUUUCAGGGGCUCACUAGCAAGUUUAAUGGGACCGAAGUACAGUGGGAAAUACCUGAGAAGGAUGAUAAAUCAAGAGCUAAGGGACAUCACCCUAAACCAGACCCUGACCAAUGUUGUUGUACCGGCUUUUGACAUCAGAUUCUUUCAGCCUGUAAUUUUUUCAACUACCGAGGCCAAGGCAGACACUCCGAAGAAUUCAAGGCUAGCGGAUGUAUGCAUAAGCACAUCCGCAGCCCCAACUUUUCUUCCAGCACACUACUUUGAAACCAAGGAUUCUAGUGGCAAGACCCGAAGAUUCAAUCUUAUUGAUGGAGGAGUUGCAGCAAAUAACCCUGUAAGUAUAACUCAAAGGCAGGCUAUUUAUCUAUAUUCCGAAAAAUAAUUGUACUCUUACAGUAUUGUAAGGAUAGGUCCGAGGUACAAGUAAAGGAUUUCUCUGUCA